GCAGCAGGGUUGCGUGCGGGUUCCUCUUCCAUCCGAUCUGACCCUCCGCCGCCGCCAAACCUCCCCCUUUUACGGCGCCCGAGCGGCUUCGCCGAGGCAAGGCGACGGCGAUGGCGGCCGCGGAUUCAUGCGACGGCAUCAGCACCAGUGGCGGCGGCUGGGAGAAGACGGUCACGCUCGUCAGCUCGGACGACGCGCGCUUCGAGGUGCGGGAGGCGGCGGCGUCGCUGUCGCAGACCGUGCGCCGCAUGAUCCGCGCCGGCGGCGACGGCGGCAUCCCGCUCCCUAAGGUCGACGCCAGGACCCUCUCCACGGUGCUCGAGUACUGCAACAAGCACGCCGCCGUCCCCGCCCCCGCCCCAGAGAGCUCUUCCGCGGAGGCGGCCGCCGUGGACCUGGAGUGGUUCGACAAGGAGUUGAUGCACGUGGACCUGGCCACGCUCUGCUCCCUCAUCAGGGCCGCCGACUACCUCGAAGUCGCGGGGCUGCUGGACCUCACCUGCAAGACCGUCGCCGACAUGAUCAAGAGCAAGACGGCGGAGGAGAUCAGGCAGAUGUUCGGGAUCCAGAACGACUUCACGCCUGAGGAGGAGGAGCAGUUGAGCCGCGAGAAUGCCGGGGUCUUCGAAUAGUACAGUGAGAUGAGAUGGGUGCUUUGGCCGAUCGACCCUUGUGCCUCUGAUGCUUUGUUUGUUCAUAGUUGGUCCAUUUCUCCGAUGAAGAUUCUGGUUCGUGUAUGUAAUGCUGCCAAAGCCGUCAAUUUCUAGCUGUAACUGCUUUGUAGUCGAAAAAAUUCAUCCAAAUUUGGGUGCCUUCUUGAAGGGAUGUUUGGAACUACGACUUUUAUCGGAAAAGGCUUUGUGAAACACCAUUGCAAAUCCUUUUAGA